AUGAAUUUGCUGCAAAUCAGCCCCUGUCUCCACUGGGGAGGCUUUAGCCUGGAGGCUCUCUUCCUAUUUGGAAAGGUUUUAAAUAAACAAAUCCCGCGUAUCUGCCUUGCAUGUGGAUACGAUUUCUCCUCUGCCGGCACGCCAAAGUCCUUCCCCAUCGCAGCCCCUGUGGGGAGCCCCGAAUGGCCUGGGCGCCACGCUCCGAGCGGAGGCGAGGCGCCCCAAGACAGCUGUGGGUCUGACUCCCCUAAUAUUGAAGCUGCCGCCGGAAAACCGCCGCGGCCGGGGAGCGAGAGGCGCCCUCGGAGCGCCUCUGUCCAGCAGGAGGCACCCGCCGCCUUGCCUGCCUGCCUGCCUCGACGGAGGGAGAAACCUGACACGUCCGUCCCGGCGGACACUCCCUGGGAUUGGGGCUGCCCGGGGCUGAAGAGGCAACCAGGAAAUGCUGGCGCCCUGCGCGCCAGUGAGCGCCUGCCCUCCGCCCGAGAGAGACGGCCUCUGGCGUCCGGGAGCGCGAUGGGCAACCUCUGCGGCUGCACGGGAGGCGCCGGGAACUGCCCUUCACCAUUUAAAAGGAAAAAAGAAAAGCCAGGUACAAGAAUCAAUAAGUCAAGCACCAAACAGCACCCAGAGAGCAAUAAGGGAUUGGAUGUUGGUCCCGUUUAUGAUGAUGUGUCCGACUUCCCAGUCUAUGCCACCGUGAGCAAGCCAAAGAACAUGAAGCGUGACGACAGCAGUGUGCAUUACGCAGACAUCCAGAUCUUCAGCAAAAUACGUGAGCGCUCGGCUGAAGAGGUGAAGAGCUUCCCGUUCCAGAAUGCCACGGAGUAUGCCACCCUCAACUUCCCACGGGCCACGCUGAAGUAUGACAGUAAGAACGGGACUCUGGUGUAAGAGCUGAAAG